CAUUGUCAGCAGCACAAUCGUGUUCCAACCACAAUCAACUUCAAAAUACCAAAUACAUCAUGAAGGUCUUCAUUGCAUCCAUUGCCCUGGUGCUGCUGGCUGUCGCUGAGGCAUCCUACCUGCCAUACGGUGGAGCGGUAGUGUCCAACUACGUCUCGGCACUGCCAGUGACUUCCUCGGUCGCUUAUCCAUCGUACGGUCUGUACGGAAAAUCGAUUCUUCCGGUGGCCACCAAGUACUCGUACCCAACAGUCUACGAUAGCUAUCCCGCUGUCUCGAAGGUGGUUUCGUACUCGGCCCCAGCAACGGUUUACGGUGGCGCUAAGGUUCUGAGCUAUGGUGCCGGCUAUGCGAUUGGUGCCGGAUACGGUUAUGGUGCCGGUUUGGGCUACGGCUAUGGCAAGGUCCUUCCAUCGAAGUACUACUUGUAAAGAUUUGACGCAUAUCGUAAACGGG